AUGCUCUCAGCACUUCGUCUGCGAGUUGCCCGACGGCCAACUGCACCACUCGCAAACAUUCGUCGAUGGCUUGCGACGGAGACGUCCUUACCAACAUCUCGACCACUUGAACAGGAUGAAUCGGAGGAAGCCCAGCGUCUGCGCUACGAAGCUUUCCUCGCGGAGAAGGAGCAGGAACCGCCCACUCGUCCUCAACUAAACAUCCCCGUCAGUCCUAAACAUGGCCUUUACGCGUUCUUUCGUCAGGUCUCAACUGAAGGAGGGAUGUCUUUUGAAUAUGAGACCAUGGAGGGACAACACAAGGCAGAGACGAAAAAAGGUCGAAGCUGGAAUGCCGUGGAGCUGCGAAGAAAAUCUUUUAAAGACUUGCAUACGUUAUGGUACAUUGUCCUCCGCGAACGAAAUUUAAUAGCGACCCAGAGACAAGAAGCCAAACGACAUGGUAUUUUCGACGAACAAAUGGAUCUGAGGGAAAAGGACCGAACGUGCCGCAAAACUAUGGCUCGAAUCAAACAAGUGCUGAACGAGCGAAGGCUGGCGUAUGAACAGGCUUACGCUCUCGAGUACGAAAAGCGGAAGGCGAAUGAGGCUGCAGCUGCUAAGAACAGCUCUGAUGUCCAGGCCGCUGAGCAAAAUGCUGUAUCGGAGAGUAACGUAACGGAAAGUAGAGCUGCGACGAAUGGCAGAAGACCCAGGAGGGCAAAGCCUAGGGUGGCAGCAACAGCGUAG